UACACGAGUAUCGUUUUGAAAAAUGAAGUCGAGCGUUAGACGACGUUCUGCGUUUUCUGUGUAUCAAUCGCAGAUUGGAAAGGACGAAGAAAGUUCCCAGAAAGAGGAAGAAAAGGCUAACCAACCUUCCGGGUCAAAGAAAAGGCCUUGCGAUGAAAAUCCCUCUAAGAGCACCUCUAAGAAAGUAAGAAAAUUACUUGUCAGUAGUAAGAGCUUGGACGACGACGGAACAAAUGGAAUAUUCGAUCACGAGGAGCAGACACCAGACAUUCUAGAACCCAAACAGAAAGGAAAAGGGAAGUUAUUUAGCAAAGCUAAUAAGCUUAGACAGAGCCUGUCUUUGUCCAGCCGAAAAAAGAAGAGGAAUGGCUAUCGAAGUUAUGAUCGGGUAGAUUUACAAGAAAAGUCUUCAGGUAACUUGACUGUACAUAGUUUGCCCGCUGAUAAAUCGGACAGAACAGAUAGUGAGACCGGGAAUGAGGAAACUUGUCAGGAGGGGCAAGCCAAGUGGAAUUCGGAACAAGAAGAUAUAGAGGCCGACAGACUUUUCUCCUGGCUGAUAAGUCCAGUGAAACCCGGGAAAUUUUUCAGUGAUGUAUGGGAACAAAAACCACUGUUGAUCAAGAGACACCAUCUAACCUAUAAUGAUGGCUGGUUCAGCACUAAAGAAUUAGAUACUAUCCUUAGAGAGCACCGUGUUCUAUUUUCAACCAAUCUGGAUGUGACAUCAUAUAAAAAUGGACAACGAGAGACCCAUAAUCCUACAGGGAGAGCUCACGCUCCAGUAGUUUGGGAUUAUUAUGAGAAUGGCUGUUCUGUUCGUUUCCUCAAUCCUCAAGCUUUUUCACAUUCAGUGUGGAAGUUGACAUCCCUUUUACAAGAGUAUUUUGGUUGUUUGGUUGGUGCCAACGUUUAUCUAACUCCUGCGGGUUCUCAAGGCUUUGCCCCACAUUAUGAUGACAUUGAGGCCUUUGUGGUGCAACUUGAAGGGAAGAAACACUGGAGACUGUAUAAUCCAAGAUGUGAUGCUGAAGCCCUGCCUAGGUAUUCUAGCAAAAAUUUUACACAAGAAGAAAUUGGUGAGCCCAUUCUUGAUACAGAACUUGCUGCUGGAGAUGUCCUUUAUUUUCCAAGGGGGACAAUCCACCAGGCAGACACACCAAGUGACACCCAUUCUUUACACAUCACGCUAUCCACAUAUCAAAAGACAUCCUGGAUGGAUUUUAUGGAAAAGUUAAUUCCAGGUGCUCUGCAGGUUGCAUUUGAAGAAGAUCGUGAUUUCCGUCAAGGUCUGCCCCUUAAUUAUCUUGACUACAUGGGUGUAGCAAAUUCAGAAUUGAACAUUAAAGAAAGGUCAGAUUUCUUGAAGAAAGCGGAAAAACUCAUGAUGAAGUUAGUGUCCCAUGCUCCAGUUGAUGCAGCUGUUGACCAGUUUGCUGUGGGAGUCCUUCGAGAUUCUUUACCUCCAGUUCUAACAGAAGAAGAAACAAAGAAAAGUGUCUUUGGUAACGAUUCUUCGUGGAAAGAAGGAAAUAUUAUCGACAAAGUGUCUAUCAACGAGGAAACAGAAGUCAGACUCACACGAAAGGGAGUAGCAAGGCUAGUUGUCGAAGGUGAAGUCGUGCAUGUCUAUCACACACUGCAGAAUUCAAGAGUGUACCACGAGACUGAGUUAGACAGCUUGGAGUUUGGUUUAGAGGCAGGUCCAAUAAUAGAGAGCAUUUUACAAAGUUACCCUGAUUACAUUGCAGUGAAAGGCCUGCCUCAUGAAGAUAUGAACUACACGAUUGACCUGGUCACGUUGCUCUACGAGAAAGGAAUUCUGGUCAGAAAGUAAAGCAGUCAAUCUUUAAAUCGCUUCCUUAUAACUUCGGCAAUUUGAUAACUAUGUCUGCGAACAAGGGAUAUUUGUUAUUGUGGAUGAAAAGACGCAGUCCUCACUAACUGCCUAAAAGGAUUUAGGGAAAAGAAUUUCUUUUUUUUUACGUUAAGUUGGCUUUUUGUUGAUAUGUUUGUUGUUGAUGUCGUUGGUGAUGUAUUUUGUUAGUUUGUUUGCUUUUUUGCGUGGGCGACCAGAUUUUCUUUAGAAAUCAAAAGUUUUUUAUGUGAUUACCAAUUGUUUCCAACGCUCGAAGUAAAAUGAUGGUUUGUGAAUUCUGUUUCUACUGCUUACUUGACGAACUAAAUACAAUUCCAGGAAAGUCUGUCGUAGAUCUA